AUAGAUCAUAGGAUGUGAUCACUAGGACGCAGUUACGUUGAUCUGAGUCAUACUAAGCGUAGUUUCUUAUAGAAAUCUUCACUACGAUCAAUGCGCCAUAGUUACGCGUAACUGCGGCACAGUCGAUAAAAAAGAGGCGACAUGGGUAGCCUUAGUAAUGCACAGAAACCUUAGAGAUAGUUAAAUUAAUUAUCUUGUGAAUAUCCAUUAAUUGAAUUAUACAAUCAUAAAUCAAGUCUUUUCUUGUAUCUAAUAGAAUUUCUGAAUAUCGUACGCGAAUGGUUUGGUUUCAAUCAGCAGAAAACUAAAGUGGAAUAAAAUCAAUAUGUACAUCAAUUGUUUUUGCUUGUCUGGCUCUUUUCUGUUUGGGUAUUCUUUUUUUGCCGCUUGUCUAUUCGUUUGUUUUGCUUCUCACGUUUUUUGUUUGCUUCAUCAUUGUAGCGAAUGUUUCUUGGCUAUCAAAUAGACAAAAACUAAAACUUGAUGAGAAAAUGUUUUGAUUAGAUAUAAACGUCACUAUCACAGAGUUUGAACUAACACUAUGGCGGUGGAUUUAACGACUAACGAGGGAACAUCCACAAGCGUGAGUCUCAGUUUCGAAUAGGAUAUAUACCAAUUUGUAGAGCUUGACGAACUAGUUAUCGGGAUAUGCUUUGUUUUCCCUAUACAACUUCAAAUUAGAAAACUCGAUAGAUUUUACUAGUGAAUUUCUGCACUGAAAUAGUUUCAAGACAUGUCUCGAAACUAUUUUGAAAAAAGACAUUGACUAGUCAACUCGAUCACUUUCUAAUUUGAAGAUGUAUGGUGGGAAAAGAAGCAAACCACAAGGGUCAGCUCGUCGAGUUCUACAAAUUUAUAUAUAUCCCAUUCAAAACUGAGUCUCACACUUGUGGAAAAUUCUUUAUUAAUCGGUUCUGUUUGAAAUAGCUAAAGAGAAGUAUUACUGUUUGUAUAUAGUUUCAAAAGUAAUCAACUGUACUCUUUGACACUUUAUACGGUGAAUAAUAGUUUCUUGUAGUUUUUAAACAGGGUCGAUUAUUCUAAUAAAUAUACCUCAUUCUUUUAGUGUCUGCAGCUAUACGAUCUACAUGGCAUAAAUGGACGUAUGGCAGUUGUUCAGCACUCAUAAUUGGAGUGCUUGCUACAUUUAUAUCGGGUCAAAUAACAUUGGCAAGAACAGUAAUUACUACUGUAACUUGUGUUCUUAUAAUCUUUCUUGUAUUUGCGUAUCGUUAUAAGAAAACAGAAAUUGCACAAUUCAACAACAAUCUUAUGCUACAAGAUGAAGAGGAUGAUCCAUUGAUGCGUGCUCUAGGUUUGAAUGCAUUUUAUAAUUUUGAUUUAAAAUCAACUGAUUUAGAUUUUAAAAGUACACAAGUUGAAGAAGAUGCAAAUAUUGUAUGUUAA